AAAGGAAGCUCACUGCACUGUAAAAUCUUCUGGAGCUUUUUGUAUGAAUACAGUGCCUCACUGCACAACAUUGAGACUGCUGUCGCUUGCAUUUUUGCUCUACAGUUGUAGUGUGCUUUCCUUUGAGACAACUACUUAACUUGCUCAAAAUAAACUGUCACAUAUCUAUUACUAACAAAUUUCUGUUGUACCAAAAAGGAAAAUGACAAAAGAAGUCAACUAUAAAGAAGAUUUUAGCUAUGAUAAAAUAUCUACAUUGGAACAGGUAAAACAGAGUAAUGGAAAUUACGUUGCGGACUUUAAAUCCAGUGAGCCUCAGCAAGAUAGAAAACAUCAUACUUGUUUUCAUCGCAGGGGAUGGAUCUACAAUCUGAUGAUUGGGAGUUGCCUCCUGAUUGCUGUUGGUUUUUCAGUUUAUCUGGGAAAUGUGUUUCCUGAUGAAAUGGACUACUUGCGUUGUGCAGCUGGUUCGAGCAUUCCUGCAGCAGUUGUGAGUUUUGCCAUAGCUAAAAGGAGAGUUAAUGCAAUGUCACACUACCAGCUUCUCUUUAUCUCAACGUUUGCCAUCACAACAACUUGUAUGAUUUGGUAUGGUUGCAAGCUAGUCCUCAAUCCAGCUGCAUUAAAUAUAAACUUUAAUCUUGUUUUGCUUGUACUCCUGGAAAUACUCACGGCAAGUAAGGUUAUACUAUCGGCAAGAUCUGACACUGAAUGCUGCAGAAGAAAGAAAGUCUUGUCGUAUGAUGCAACAGCGUUAUUGUGCCACAUACAAUUCCCAUCUCGUACACUGAAGUCAUAUUCAGUAGUUGAAGUUAUUGUGGCAAUUUGUGCAGUUUUUGGUGGAAUUAUUGCCCUGAACAUGGGUGCUCUGGUUCCAGGACCUUACUUAUCUGUGACAUUCUUUUGGAUUUUGGCUGCAUGUUUUCCUGGUGCUAUUGCGAGUCAUGUGGCAGCAGAAUAUCCCAGCAAGUUCUUGAUUGAAGUCCUAAUUGCUAUAAGCAGUGUCACAGCUCCAAUGCUAUUUACGGCCUGUGGAUAUCUAUCCUUCAGCAUUAUGAAAUUUGUUGAUAUCUUUCGACAAAGUUCAACAAGUUUGCUUCAGUCUUAUGAUAUACUGGUAUUUGUUCUGAUGCUUUUGUUGCUGGUUCAGUCCAGUCUCUCACUUGCCACAGUCAUCCACUGCAUGAGUUACAAGCUUCACAUUAAAUAUCAUGAUUCAACAUGGAAUAUCUCAGGCCUCCAAAGGGAAAACUGUAAGACAAUGGAGAUACCUAAAGCCCCUACAAAGGACUUUGACAAAGACAAGGCAUGGAAAGCUGUCAUGGUACAGAUGGUGCAGUAACAAGAACUUUCCUGGAUCUGCCUUCAAAUAAUAGCAUCAGCACCUGAUAUGUACAUUUAUUUAUCAGUUGGUCAAUUUAGAAAUCUGCACAUUAUUAAAGUUUGGGUAAACAGUGUAAAUAAUUUCAUUAACGAAAUUAACAAUAUUAACAAAUGAAUCAGUAACUUUAACAACUGUUUUUCUUAUAAAUUAACAUUUCAUGUAUUAGCAUGUGCCAUCACAUUGCGUUAUUGAUACUGAAACUACUGUUCUUUUAUAGAAUUCUUUUGAAUUGUGUACUAGAACAACCGGAAAUAAAUAAGUUAUAUCAAUUACAGAAGUUUGAAUAAACAUUAGUAAGCAUGAGUUUUUGUUUAUUGGAGCAUAAAAUAAAUAAUAAGGUUUGACAGCAACAUAAAAUAGGAUGUAAUAUAUUAGAUUAAUUUGUAACUGUCUUGUGUUUUACAAAGUGUUACUUCUUGUGAGAUGUGGCUGUCAUCGGCAAGCUAACAUUUAGAAGUUUGUGUUGAGCCAUCUUUUUGAAGUAUAAGAGUCUAGUUAGUAUAGUUAUUCUGACUGAUUAGGAAGUGAAGAUAGAAUGAGAUGUCUUCAAUUUGUUGAUGGUAAUUACAUGCACACAGGAUUCAGAUUCUCCAAAUGGGACACUGUUGUUUUGUAUUUCUGCUAAUUCCAGAUCAAAAUCUCACAUAAAACCUCUGUGUAAGUGCAAGAACAAGGAUUUCUUAGCGUUAUUUGUUUGCCGCUGGUGGCAAAUUAUGGGUCUAUUUGACCGUGUAUUCUUUCAUUACAGUCAUUAGAGUUCAUGACCAUGGAUGUGGGUUAUCUUAGAAUAGAUCUGAUUUUAAGUUAGAUAACAAUUGGGAGGAACAGAAAAUAUGACAGAUCAUGAGAGAGUAUGUAGUGCACAUUACCAAUUAUGAAGGUCUUCAGGACUGUUGCCACCACAGUAGGGGCCAUCUGCGAGCUUGGAGACACUGGAACAUUACUUUGGAGAUGGUAUGUCCAUUGCAGAUGUAGUGUAUACAUGACCGUCUCCGGAAGGUGUGACCAUUCCACAGUACUCUAUGUAAGAUCACCCUACUGGAAUCUGCAGCAAAUGUCGGUCAGAUCUAUCGUAAUGAUGUGUUUCCACUGGGAAAGAUUUCCUAAGAUUAAAUCAACAUUUGUGUGAGUGAAGCUGUGGAUUACUGUAGGGCCCAACAUUGCAUACUGUGAUAAAUCUAACCACAGCACCUCCCACCGUUUUAAUUUCUUCACAGCAAAUGAUGGAUUUAGGCAUUCUACUGUGACUUUAGAUGAGAAAAAGCUCCAGAGCCUUCAAGCUAUCAAACUUCUGUUACAACAAAAUAGGUUUAUCUCUGCCAUACUGGGGAAGGUAACACUUGCGUCUUAGAGGUUGUGCGUGUUCCAGUUUGUCACCAAUCGCAAAGGGUGCAAAUUUGUCAUUGUAGUCAGGGAAUGUUGGAUCAAAGACUUUAUCGUACUACUGAAGGUGUGAGUGGAACUGAGUAUGUAAGUGAUGAGACAGAGUGUGAUUCAAAUGCAGAAGAACAAAUUCUGAGUAUAACUGAUAAUGCUUAUGUUUGCAUCGCAUGGUAAGAACACUAUUGGUGUACCUACCUACCAUGAACUGCAGUGGUUCAAGAAUGCAGCUGACUACAACUUUCUCAAGGAUAAUUAGAGGUGGGCAAUAAAUGUUGUCCUAGCCUGUACUGCCCACAUUUCAUGAGUGAAAAAAAAUUCCUAAAAUAGGUUACUGAACACAUACAGUUUUCUAUUUCUACCCAAUUCUGUUAAUGUACUGCUCUUUAGUGCCCUGAUCUUCCAAUAUUGUUGGGAGCUUAGGAUCAUUUAAUGCUGAUAGUAUGUUACAUAAAUUUGAAAAAUAUUAUGAACUGGAUACUAUGUGCCCCACUGGGUGUGUUUUGGGUAGGAGAGAGCAUGGGAUGGAGGGAGAGUGGCUCACCAACCCAACACAAUACCACCCAGCCCUGCACUCCACUCCAGUGUGGGAGUGAGCAAAAAUCCCCAUUACCUAAAAUACUGGACCAAAGCCCUGGAUUUUUCAAAAAUUUUAUAAGUAAAGGGACAGGUGGGCUAAGCUGUGGGAAAAAUACACAGACAUGGAGAUACCAAGGUAUAGAGCUGGAUGAAUACAGCAGUCCAAGCAGCAUCAGAGGAGCUGGAAAGCUAACGUCUCAGGCCUAGAUCCUACCAUCUCUCAGACAUGGAGAUGCCUGCCUGGAACCAUUGUUCAGCCUGGAAUUCCAAUUUAUACCUCUGUUCUAAGAGAACAAUGAAGUAAAUCUAACACUCUGGACUGAAACUAACUUUUACACCUGGGCCUAGGCCCGAAACAUUAGCUUUUCUGCUCCUCUGAUGCUGCUUGGCCUGCUGUGUUCAUCCAGCUCUACACCUUGUUAUCUCUUUUACACCUCGGGCUGGUCAGAAACAGUAUGUGUCCCACAGAGAUAAGGAACAUCAAUCAAUAUUCAUCCACAGAGAUAUUGGACACUCAACUUCAAUCCAACUCCAUUCACAUUCAUAAAUAUCAAGAAGUCAAUUGACUUCAAACAGGGCUGCAGUAACACAAUGGCAAGCACACAGAUUUGGUGUGAAGAGUCUCACAUUCAGUUUAAUUGCAGGCUCUGAUCUCGCAGCUACUCCCCAGCUAUAGUCCAGGAGGUGUUCCAAACAGUAAUUCCCCCACAAGAUGGAUUCCAGCGGCUAUUUCUAAGAGCUAUCUCCAGAAGGGGGAUCCCGAC